AUGCUUGAUGAGUAUGAAGGAUAAAGAGAAAUACAAAUAGGAAAUAUAAAAUUUAUAUCAACUAAUGGCUAUUCUUAAAAAUAUGGAGUUAUCAUUUUUAAAAGUACAAAAGAAACAGAAAUUUAAAUUGAUACAAUAGAUUAUCAGUAAUAUGAAAGUUUGUGCUCUCUGUAAUUGCAAUUUGAAAACAUUAAUCUGAUUAAUAUAAAUAAAAUGAGUGUUAAUGGAUUAAUAGGUAACGUUGGAAAUGUAAGAGAGUCAAGUGUAAUAAGAUUCACAAGUGCUAAAAAUUUUAAUAUAUAAUCUAUAAUUGCUUCAAGUAGCAGCGAAAUUAAAGAAUAAAUGUCUUUUUAAAACAUAUUUUCAGAUUAGCAGCAAACAGUUAUUUUUUAUAUUGAAAUGGAUUAUUAGAAUCUAAAUAAAUAUAAAAUCACAUUAAGUCAUGCAAAUGCAGAUUUAUAAUCAAUAAACAGUGUUUAAUUUUUGCUUUUAAAUGGACAUUCAUAUCAGUUUUAAAUGACUAAUUCAAGUAUUUCCAACGGAAAAUCAUUAGAUUUUGGAGGCUGUUUAUGCUUUAUGAAUACCUUUUCUCCUAGGUUUAUAGAUUAUGAUAUCAAUAUUUCUUAUUCAACAUUUACUUCAUGCUAAAGUAAAUACUUAGGUGGAGCUAUUUCUUAUGCUUCAUAGAAUGUUGAAAUCAGUUUUUCAAAAUUUGAAAACUGUAGCAGCUAAAUAGGUGGUGCUAUAUUCAACAUAUAUUUUAAAGAUAAUUAAUAUGACACAAAUAUUUUUAAAGAUAAUAUAGGUUAUUUAGCAAUUCCUAAUUUUAAUAAAUUGCCUUUAGGGAUAAAGAUUGAAGAAAUAUAUGAAAUAAAUUUGAGCUCAGGCUCAUAUCAAAAAAUUGAAUAAUUUUUAUACCCAGGAUUAACUUACAUAAUACAAUUUUCACUUAAUAUAGAUGGAAAGUGGUACAGCUCAUUUAAUGAAAAUAGCUUUUUUGGUAAUCUUUUUGACAUAUUAGUGAAUCCAUCAAAUAAUUUUAUUUCUAUUAAAUUUCCUAAUUUAACUUCGCAAAACUUUCCUUACUUAAUUUGGUAAGCUUAGGAUGUAUCUUUCGAUGGAAUGAAAAGUAUAGACUUGAAAUUAGGGACUAUUAAUUUUAUAUGGCAAUAUUCUUUAAAAUCAGAUUUCUAUAAAAUUUACAAUGGAUGUAAAGAGCAAGGAAUGGAAAAAAUUUAUUUAAUGAAAAGCUAGUAAUUCAUAUGUAAAUACUGUGAAAAUAUGUUUGUCAGCUAUAAUGGAGUGUGUUAAUAAUGUUAAACAGAAUAUUUCACUGAUUGCUAUGGAGAUUAUUCUGCUCUAAAGUCCUCUUAUUGGAGAAAUGAAUACAGUAUUGAUAGUGAAAAUAUCUACUUUUGCUCUAACAACCCUGAAAGUUGUGUAGGAGGGAGUGGUAUUGGAAAUGAACUUUGCUAUAAAGGUCAUAUUGGUCCUUAAUGUAUAGAUUGUGAUGUAAAAGGAAUUUAUUGGAAAGAUUAAUAUUCUAGAAUAGGUUUUUUUUAAUGUGUAGAAUGUAAUUCAAUAUCAUCUAAUACAUUUAAGAUAUCUGUUUUAUUAGUUUACGAAGAUAGAUAUAAUUUCUACUGUUUCAAAGUUUUAAUUUUUACUUUACAAUCCCUUAAGCUCACCUUUUUUCUCUUUGAAUUGCCUGAUUGCUUAGUACAAGCCUGA